GUCAGUCUAGGAGUAGUCGAGUUUUAAAAAGCAUCGACAACCCAUGACCAUGAUUUCGCCGAUCCUGCAUGGACGCUGGGCGGACACACUGAUUUACGUGUAAUGAGAAAAAAACCUCGAAUGAAAGUUAUUCUCAUAAAAGCAUGGAGGGACUGAGCGGGAAUUGCCCUGCCUCUCAUUGCAGGGAUUUUAUCUCGCACCCUGCGCUGGGGCGCCACUCUGGGAGCCUCGCGAGUCACCAGGGCACAGUGUACCCGGAUAUCACGACACAAGAUGCCGGCCGGCAAUUCCCUGCGCCCCAGGCCUCGUCGGGGACUUCACUGGGCUAUGGAUACGCAUUCGGGAAUCCAUAUUAUGGAUGUCGCCUUUCCUACUCUCACAACGUAAACUUGCAACAGAAGUCAUACCAUCCUGCCGAAAAAUACAUGGAAUCAAGCGGUGCGCUGCCAGCUGAAGAGCUUUCCAGCAGGUCCAAAGAAUUUGCCAUUUACCCAAGCUUCGCCAGCUCUUAUCAAACUGUUCCUGGCUAUUUGGACGUCCCAGUUGUACCAGGAAUCAGUGCGCACCCAGAAUCCAGGCAUGAAGCGUUGUUUCCUAUGGACAGUUAUCAGCACUGGGCACUGUCGAACGGCUGGGAUGAGCAAUUAUAUUGUUCUAAGGAACAAACACAUUUUAACCACCUUUGGAAGUCCCAAUUUUCGGAUGUGGUGCCACACCAAGCCGAGAUGAACGGCUACCGUCGGGGUCGUAAGAAGAGGGUACCUUACACUAAAAUCCAAUUAAAGGAACUGGAAAAGGAGUAUGCAGCCAGCAAGUUCAUCACCAAAGACAGAAGAAGGCGCAUCUCCGCCACAACGAGUCUCUCCGAGCGCCAGGUGACCAUCUGGUUCCAGAACCGACGUGUUAAGGAAAAGAAGUUCGUUUGUAAAUCGUCAAAGUCAAGCACUAACAUGCAUUCAGUUUGAUUAUUUUCGGUGUUGUUUGGUUCGACAAAUUCACCAAGGAAAAUAUAUUUUAUUUAAGUGGGCUAAAUAAGGCCUAACUAUAAUGGCGGAUCUGACACAGACCUAUGCAUCGAUGAUGUCCUGCAUAUACAGAUUUAGUAGACCUAAGCUGUAAAACAAUGAGUUCAUAGAAGACAUUCACACAUGAAUCGCUUUAUAUUAUUAUUGUUAUGUUUUUAACAAACCUCCAUAAUGUUCUUACAACUUUCAACCCUUCUGUUGAUAUUGUACUGCUGUUGUUGUUUAAUGAAAAAGAAAUGAAAUCAAGAGGCAUAAUUUCCCUCCUUGGCCUAGUUUUCAUUGUGACUUAAAAAAAAAGUUAGCAAUUGUAAAUACUAAUGAGCAUGUCGAAAUUUUCGGUUAUCAAAAUGUAUUGUCAUCCAUGAGUUAGUUAAUAAUCAUCUUUCAAUGUACUUUUCCCUCUUGGUGUGUUUUUCUCAAUUUUAUAGCAAUGGUGUCGUGUUUAAAAAAAAGAUUUUAAAGUAUUCAGGAGCUGAAAUAAAAGCUUAUAGCUUUAAAUGUAAAUCUAAAUUAAAGCUUAAAGCUUAUGUUAUAAGUUUGAACACAAGAAAAUCAUACACUUGCCCAUAUUUCCCCCAGUAUUAAACUGUUUGUGUUAUGCAAUUUCAUUGUGAAGUUUUUUUUCUCGUAGUUUUCAUCAAAUCAAAGCUCAAAUAAUGGUCCACAAAACAGGCAAUACAGUCCAAAAAAUAUUCAGGAAAUACGUUUAGUGACAAAGCAGUAUACCCUAAACCCAAAAAGUCAAUGGGGGAUAAGCAAAUCUAAAUUGUACGAAUGAGAUCGUACGAAUUAGCCGCUAAAUCAAAACGUUACGAAUUGCCGUGUGAUCGUGUUGUUAUUUCUCUAAAUCAGUUUUUCCAAACUUCAUCCAGUUUAUCCUGCACCCUUUAAAGCAAUGUCUGCUUAUUGACAGAACUGUUUCAAACAGCACCACAAAAAGGCACAUGCCGAUAUAUACCUAGAGUGCAUGGAUAGUGUAGGCAGACCCGUUGGCCUAUAGGCUACAUAUUUAUUACGCGUUAAUUGCUGAAAUGUAAACACCAAACAGUGUUUGUAAAAUGUUUGCUUUCAUUCAUUUAAAACCAUCAAUAGCUUGUCUGUACUCUUAUAAUGUCAAAAUCUUUGCUAUAUAUGUCUGUAUGUUUCUAUUAUUAAUUAAAUGUACAGGUUUUAUUACAUUAUCUCUUAACAAUA